CACACACACACACUCACACACACACACACGCCAUGCCACAUGAGCAGGUAAAACAUAUGUAUAGGUAUCAAUUUAUCCCAUUUAUAAAUUUACAUUUAAAAAAACUCAAAUGCCAAUUCAGUGACGGGAAUAUUCUGGUUCUAGACAGCAGUUUGAUAUUGCAGACAUAUACACGUUGCUUAUAUAUUUAUAUUGUCUUGUUUUCUUGCUCAGUGUGGAAUGUCCAACUAACUUAAUGCAUGCGUUGCUAUGCCCCACUAACUUAAUGCAUUCGUUUUCUGGCUGCAUUUUUAGAGCUAUAGCUGGUUAGCUAAAAGCUACAGUUUCCUUGCUCUCAAUUGGUGGAGAAUGGUCAGCUGACAUUGUCAUAUUGCCUCUCUCUGGAGCUAAGCGAUCAGCUAUAACACUCGGGUUUGUGAGUCUUACCGGAGAUUGGAAAUUAAUAAUAUUGAAACCUCAAGCAACCGUCUAUUUAUACAAGCAGCGAAAGGGUGAAAGGAAGGUUUUGCAAAAGUGUGAUCAGCCAGCAACAUAUCCAGAAUAAGGGAAAGGGGAAGGGGGAGCUAUUGAGAGGGGAAAGUGGAGAAAAAAAGACUGAUUAAGAAGUGCGGAGAGUUGAAGAAGAAGGGUUGCAGGCAAGGUAUGAAUUCUUAUUUCGCAAACCCGUCACUCUCCUGCCAUUUAUCCGGUGGUCAAGAUGUUUUGCCAAGCGUGCCACUAAAUUCCACCACUUAUGACACAGUGAGACAUUUUUCGUCGUAUGGGGCUGCUGUGACCCAGAAUCGGAUAUACGCAAAUCCGUUCUAUUCUCCCCAAGACAAUGUUGUUUUUGGGCCGAGCCGGGCAUCCUAUGAGUAUCAUGGAUCUAAUGUGUUUCUUCAAGACAAGGAUGGAGGUCUUGCCAGUUGCAGACAAACAACAAGCCUGGGACUGAAUGCACAAAACCACAUUGCCCAGGAGUACAGUUUGGAUCAAGCCAGAGGAGGAUCGCAGGAGCAGAAAGCUAACGUCCAGAUAUACCCGUGGAUGCAACGAAUGAACUCUCACAGCGGAGUUGGGUAUGGGUCAGACAGACGCAGAGGACGCCAGAUAUACUCCCGUUACCAGACACUGGAGCUGGAGAAAGAGUUCCAUUUCAACCGCUAUCUAACCAGACGUAGACGUAUCGAAAUAGCAAACGCCCUUUGUUUGACAGAACGUCAGAUCAAAAUUUGGUUCCAGAAUCGUCGCAUGAAAUGGAAGAAAGAGAGCAGCCUGACGUCGACGGUGACGGGAAGUGAAUCGACAGGGGCCACGGCGGAGAAGGAACGAGACGGCGUGGAAGAGGAGAAAGAGGAGGAAAAGAAAGAGAAAGAAUGAAAGACAUUUUACAACGAAAUCAUGAAACUCCACUAAACUACCUAGCCAUUCAAAGACCACAAACUCCCCUGCAUGAUAUUAUUCUGCUAUUUGUCCCUCUCUCUCUCACAAACUCGUAGCCUUCGCGCGCGUAAAAACAUGCAAUAUUCUGCAAUUCGGAUCAUUUUAGGCUGGAAAAAGCAUAUAGUUAACUGAUAGCUGUUUACUUCUGGUGGCAUAAUGUCCUUUGUCAUAGUCAUGCUAUUUGUGUUGUGAAAUGUGAAACAUUCAUCAUUUCCCUCCAGAUUUGCCCCAUUUACACUGUAAAAUAUAUCGUUCGGAUUACUUCAGUCAAUUCACAUAGGUCAGUGUUGGGGAUGGUUUACAAACACAAUAGGGCAUAAGCAUUCCAAAUGUGAAGGAAAUGCUCAGGCAUACUUAUUUCGUUUGUGUUAAUGUACUUGAAUCUUUACAUUCCCAUGAAUCCCAUCGCAAUAUGACUCCUGCAAAUAUCCUGAAAGCUCUCACGGGGUGAACUACACUACCUAAAUUGUAGAUAUGCCUGUAUAUAUUCUAUGUAUUCCCAUAUAUACUCUGUGAGGGCUUUGUGUGCAUUAUGCUGCUUAAACGGAUGUUCUCUUAAGGUUGCACUUACCACUUUUUGGCAUAAUAACCGUUUAUGGUUGCCCAAGACUACCUAAUAAAA